AGAUAAUGUUCCUGACAUAUUUGCCAAUUGUCUAACUCUAAAUCACAUUCAGUGAAUUUCACUGUAAUAUUAUAAUAUAUAAUAUUAUAAUAAUAUCGGAGCCAUGUGACAAAUAAUGAUGAGGGACUAUCACUAUGCACAAUAAAAUUUACCCACCGGGUGGCAAUACAGAGCUGCGUUAUUUUCAACCGUAUUUUGACAAGUCCCGCCCCUUGAUCAUCACAGUUUGUUGUGGUCAUAGCACUGGGUCGUGGCAGAGCCUUUUCUACUGUAAUGUGAACGACAUCUCAAACACCCAAUCAAAUUACGCCUCGAAGUUCCUCACAGGAAUUCGAUUGGCUAGCAGGCCAAGGAGGCGGGACUUGUCUGAAAGCGGCUGGGCUUCCAUAACUUCCUGUUCUGUGCAGCGUCUGAACCGCUACAUUUCCUGCUGGACCUCCUCCAUACAUAGCACCCGGCUUCCGAAAAAAUAUUCAUAUAUUUAAUUCAUUAUUCAUUUAUUAACAAACGGUGGGUUUAGCAGCUAAUAAUAUCUUAAAUGGAGACCUCUGGCAACACGAACAAGAAGCAGAAAAUAAGCAAUGCACCCGAAAGCUGGGGAAAGCAAAGAGCUACUAAUGUGACUUAUCAGGCCCAUCAUGUGAGCAGAAACAAGCGUGGACAGGUAGUGGGGACCAGAGGAGGUUUCAGAGGAUGCACUGUGUGGCUUACAGGCCUGUCCGGUGCAGGGAAGACGACGGUCAGCAUGGCCCUUGAGGAGUACCUGGUGUGCCACGGCAUCCCUUGCUACACACUGGACGGCGAUAACAUCAGACAGGGCCUUAACAAGAACCUGGGCUUCAGCCCUGUUGACCGCGAGGAGAACAUUCGCCGUAUCGCAGAGGUGGCCAAACUGUUCGCAGACGCCGGGCUCGUGUGCAUCGCCAGCUUUAUUUCCCCAUAUGGCCAGGACCGUCUGAAUGCCAGAAAGAUCCAUGAAACUGCCGGUCUGCCGUUCUUCGAGGUGUUUGUGGAUGCUCCUCUGGACGUGUGCGAGCAACGAGAUGUCAAAGGUCUCUAUAAGAGGGCUAGAGCUGGAGAAAUCAGAGGCUUCACAGGAAUUGACUCUGAAUAUGAGAAGCCAGAGGCUCCAGAACUGGUGCUAAAGACAGAUUCCUGCAAUGUGAACGAGUGCAUCCAGCAACUCCUGGAUCUCCUGCAGGAGAGGGACAUCGUGCCUGUGGAUGCAUCCUAUGAGGUCAAAGAGCUCUAUGUGCCGGAAAACAAGCUGGACUUGGCCAAAGCAGAUGCAGAGACUCUUCCAGCCAUGGAGAUCACAAAGGUGGACAUGCAGUGGGUCCAGGUGCUCGCCGAAGGGUGGGCCACGCCUCUGAACGGUUUCAUGAGAGAGAGAGAGUACCUCCAAUGUCUGCAUUUUAACUGUCUGCUGGAUGGUGGGGUUAUUAACCUUUCGGUGCCGGUGGUCCUGCCUGUCUCAAGUGCAGACAAGGAGCGUCUGGACGGCAGCACGGCGUUCGCGCUGGCCUACGCCGGCCGGCGUGUCGCCAUCCUGCGCAACCCGGAGUUUUACGAGCACCGCAAAGAGGAACGCUGUGCCCGGCAGUGGGGUACUACCUGCAAGGAUCACCCGUACAUUAAGAUGGUGAUGGAGAGUGGCGACUGGCUGGUUGGAGGAGAUCUCCAGGUUCUGGAUCGGAUAUACUGGAACGACGGGCUGGACAGUUAUAGGCUCACCCCAACUGAACUCAAGCAAAUGUUUAAAGAGAUGAAUGCAGAUGCCGUCUUUGCCUUCCAGCUGCGGAACCCCGUGCAUAACGGCCACGCGCUGCUCAUGCAGGACACCCAGCGGCGUCUCAUUGAGCGUGGCUACCGCAGGCCCGUGCUGCUACUCCACCCCCUUGGAGGCUGGACCAAAGACGAUGACGUGCCGCUCGCUUGGCGCAUGAAACAGCACGCUGCUGUGCUGGAGGAAGGGCUGCUCGAUCCCAGCUCCACCAUAGUGGCCAUCUUCCCCUCGCCAAUGAUGUACGCCGGCCCCACAGAGGUACAGUGGCACUGCAGGGCCCGGAUGGUAGCUGGGGCCAACUUUUACAUUGUGGGCCGUGACCCGGCUGGAAUGCCUCACCCUGACACCGGUAAAGACCUCUAUGAGCCUUCCCAUGGAGCCAAAGUCCUCACCAUGGCCCCUGGUCUUAUUUCUUUGGAGAUUGUGCCUUUCAAAGUUGCAGCUUACAACAAAGUCAAGAAGGCAAUGGACUUUUAUGACCCGAAAAACCACCAGGACUAUGACUUCAUCUCAGGAACCCGCAUGAGGAGGAUGGCUCGCGAAGGCCAGAACCCUCCGGAAGGCUUCAUGGCGCCCAAGGCCUGGUCCGUUCUCAAGGAGUAUUACCAGACUGUGGAGAAGGCCUAAGUCGUUUUGCAGGUCGAUGGGAGGAGGCAUUUCUGUUACAAAAAGGGAGGAGGUGGAGUGGAUGAUAAAGAUAAAAAAAAUUAUACACUGGGACCACCCGAUGGACUUUUCAAGCUAUUUUGGAUGUUACUUGCAAGAUGCACAUAAAAUCACUUUUUCAUGA